AUGCAAUCAGUGUUCAGGGUCACCCUUGAAUCCGCUAAAUCAAGGGCCAGCAGAUUGUCCAAAGCAGAAAAGACACCAGUUCAUACGAGGAGGUCCCACAAGAAGUCGCGGCACGGCUGCAGGACCUGCAAACAGCGACGAAUCAAGUGCGAUGAGAACAGAGAUGGUGGUUGUCUCAAGUGCCAGAGCCAUGGACUUGCUUGUGAUUAUAACAACGGAGCCCAACUGCCGUCCCGUGCUUCUGUCAUCCUACCAAAGCAGCAGCAGCAGCAACAUGGUUCUCCUACGUCUUCCUGCUCAAGUGACAAUGGUUCACGAUCCUUGGUCAGAAAAAUCAGUCAAGGACCGAGCUCAAGAUCUCUCGUACCCCUAACACUGGUUCGCAACCCACCUUCUCCUUUUCCAUUCGGAAUUCCCAGUCAAAUGACCUCCAUGGUACACACAUUCAGUCAUUUUAGCACCGUCACAUACUGCUCGAUGGGAUCCAACAUGGGACAAGAGAUCAUACGAACCACUGCUUUCGAUCUGGCCCUCGAAAAGCCCUACCUCAUGCACGCAGUGAAUGGUGUCUCGGCUGCACACCUGUGUCAUCUUCUUCCUGCUGCUCGACACCCGGCCCAACAUAACCAGAACCAGCUGACGAACUUCUACCACUUUCAGAGGGCAUUGCAACUCUUUCGCGAGGAGCUGGCGACCGGCGUCACCAAGGCCAACAUGAAUGCCCUGCUAUCGACGGUGAUGCUAAUUUGCGUCCAUCAAUUUAUGCUCCCCCAAUCUCAACCGGAUCCUGGAACGAGUUUCGUGUACGCACCAGCGGAGCGUCGAAGUGAGUGUCUGAGAUGGUUGACGAUUCAGCAUGGGUUUAAUGCUCUGUAUGCUGAGCUGGGUGAAGUAAUUUGGGGAUCUGUCUGGAAUCCGGUCUUCACGGACUCGGAUAUCAAGGAACUCGCGUCUACAAUCAUGACUGCAGAGGCCGGCGACGAUAUUCAUGCAUUAUUUCUGGAGCUAUGCGAGGUUACCCCGGACUCGUCGUCUCAGAACAACCCUUAUUACGAGGCGUUGGAGCAUCUACUCUUCACACGAAGACUCAAGCCGGGGAUGAACACCUUUAACAAGCUGGUCACAUUCGUCGGGUCGGUGGAAGGAGACUUUCUUCGACUGUUGCUUUGUAGAGACAAGCGAGCACUGUUGAUCCUGGCCCAUUGGUUGGCAUUGAUGAUUGGGCUCGAUCAGUGGUGGAGCAGCGCAAGAUGUAAGAAUGAAUGCGUCGCCAUCACGACAUUCUUGAUGCACGAUCAGGACGAAAGGGUUAGAGCCUUGCUACGAUUUCCUGCUCAGCUUGUGGGAAUUGAUCUGAUGGCGGUCAAGCUGUUGGACGGACACAGCAUAAUAAGCUCGUGA